GAGCAGAGAGCGAGAGCGAGAGAGAUGGGGGCCAUUGGAGGCGAUGAGAUGGCGCAGUGGGAUAAGGUGGAUGGAGGUGAAGUGGCCAAUGGUGGUGCGGGGGGGUUGGAGAAGAUACUGGUUUCGGUGAGGCUGAGGCCGCUCAGCGAGAAGGAGAUUGCCCGCGGGGACCUGUCGGAGUGGGAGUGCAUCAACGAUACUACUGUCAUUGCCCGGAGUGCCUUCCCGGACCGGCCAUCGGCUCCGACUGCAUACUCGUUCGACAGGGUAUUCCAUUCUGACUGUGAUACUAAAGAAGUGUAUGAGGAAGGGGCCAAGGAGGUUGCGCUCUCUGUAGUUAGUGGCAUUAACUCAAGUAUUUUUGCAUAUGGCCAAACAAGUAGUGGAAAGACAUACACCAUGACUGGAAUAACGGAAUGUACAGUAUCAGAUAUUUAUGAUUACAUUGGCAAGCAUGAGGAGAGAGCAUUUGUGUUGAAAUUCUCAGCAUUAGAAAUAUAUAACGAAGUUGUGAGGGAUCUUCUUAGUUCAGAAAACACUUCUCUUAGACUGUGGGAUGACGCAGAGAAGGGUACUUAUGUAGAGAACCUUAAAGAGGUGAUACUGAGGGACUGGAACCACCUCAAGGAACUUAUUUCUAUGUGUGAAGCUCAAAGGAGAACGGGAGAGACAUACUUGAAUGAAAACAGCUCCAGAUCGCAUCAAAUACUUAAAUUGACUAUUGAAAGUUCUGCUCGUGAAUUCUUGGGUAAAGACAAGUCAACGACACUUGCAGCCAGUGUGAACUUCGUUGAUUUGGCAGGAAGUGAACGUGCAUCUCAGGCACUAUCAGCUGGUGCUAGGCUGAAAGAAGGUUGUCAUAUUAAUAGAAGUUUACUUACUCUAGGAACUGUCAUUCGGAAAUUAAGCAAGGUAAGAAAUGGGCACAUACCAUAUCGAGAUUCGAAGCUCACGCGUAUAUUACAACCUUCUCUUGGUGGUAAUGCAAGAACUGCAAUUAUUUGUACAAUGAGCCCAGCCCGAAGUUAUAUGGAGCAAUCAAGAAAUACCUUGCUAUUCGCAAGCUGUGCAAAGGAAGUAGUUACAAAUGCACAGGUUAAUGUAGUCAUGUCUGAUAAAGCUCUAGUGAAGCAUUUACAAAGAGAACUUGCUAGGCUGGAAAGUGAAUUGCGAUCUCCAGCAGCUUCCUAUUCCAGUCUUGAAGCAUUGGUGAAGGAAAAGGAUAGCCACAUCCGGAAGAUGGAGAAAGAAAUAAAGGAAUUGAAGGCGCAGCGUGAUCUGGCGCAAUCUAGGCUGCAGGAUUUGCUCCAGGUUGUUGGAGAUAACCAUGUUUCAAAGCGCCCCCUGGCUUCUGGGAGGAACUUUACUUUCGAUGUGCCUCAACCAUGUGAAGAUCAGAAAUCAACAUCUGAAUCGUCAGAAGUAGUUGAUACUGUCCAAAAUUUUAGGUUCCAAGGACGCCGUGCAGCACAAAGGGAACUUAAGCCUCAGCAGUCCGAAAAUGAUGGGAUGUAUGCUCCGCCAUCUAGCUAUUCAGUCAGCAGUCCUCCGUUCAGUGGAAUGCCCCCAACCAGCAUCAGAGAUGAUGUUUCUCAUGUCUCAAAUGAGGAUUCAGAUGAUGUUUGCAAAGAAGUACGGUGUAUAGAGACCAAUGAAACAGAAGGAAAAGAUGGUUUGGACUCAUCAGCUAUCGGGAGCAAUAGUUUGCAAGAUUCGCAUGUGGGUACUAGUAUGCAUGAAAAUGAUGAUUCUAGACACCAUGAUGUAUCUCCUGUUACCCUGGAGCAACAUUUAGAGACUGUCAGAAAACCUUUUGCCAACCUUGUUCAAGAUCUAGGAUCUUCAACACGAAAUCCAUCCAGCUCUAAAGGAAUUGGUAGAAGCAAGAGCUGUAGGUCUCUGAUGGGUUCUACUAUGUUUCAAGAUUUGGAGAAGGAUGAUUGCACACCACCAAGCAGAAGAUUCAUGGACUUUCCCGGGAGACCUGAAGGGUGUCAAACAAGGGGCUCUGCACUGAACUUUGACGCAGAGAGUGAAACUCUGUCACGGGCAGGGUCAAUGCUUUCUGAAAUUACAACUACGAGGGGAGCACCCAAGGCAAACGGUUCUGUUGCUGGUGACACAGAAUUUACUGGCAUAGGUGAAUUUGUUGCUGAAUUGAAAGAAAUGGCUCAAUAUCAGAAGCAACUUGGUGGUCAGUACGCCAAUGGAGAAGUAGCAGAAGGAACCAUCAGGAGCGUCGGAAUGGAUCCGAUUAUGGAUGGCUUGCAAUCACCUUCAAGAUGGCCACUGGAAUUCGAGAAGAAACAACAAGAGAUUAUUGACCUUUGGCAUGCUUGCUACGCGUCACUGGUGCACAGAACUUACUUUUUCUUGCUAUUCAAAGGAGACCCAGCUGACUCCAUUUACAUGGAGGUGGAGAUUAGGAGGCUGUCUUUUCUUAAAGAUACAUAUUCCAAUGGUGGCAUGGAGAACAAAGUCGUAGCUGGUAGCUUGAGUACAUCUUUGGUUUCGAGUGCCAAGAAGUUGCAACGUGAGAGGGAGAUGCUCUGCAGGCAGAUGCAAAAGCGGCUCUCGCUUGUGGAAAGAGAGAGCAUGUACAGCAAGUGGGGAGUUUCACUGUCCUCCAAGAGGAGAAGGCUUCAGGUCGCUCGUCGACUUUGGACCGAAACCAAGAACCUUGAGCAUGUCAGGGAGAGCGCGUCCCUCGUUGCCCGACUGAUCGGACUCCUGGAGCCAGGAAAGGCGCUGAGGGAGAUGUUUGGACUGAGCUUCGCGCCGCAGCAGUCCACUCGACGGUCCAGUAAUAGCUGGAGAUAUGGCCGUUCUUCUCUGGACUGAUUCUCUACACCUUACAAGAUGCAAUUGAACAAAACAGUCUCCCCGUUUUCACUUCUUGUGUCUCCCCCACCUUGCUGUCUAUAGAAUUUUAGGAACACGUACUGGUAGUUAUAUAGCUUACUUAUAGGCCCGUCAAUGUGUUUAGAUAUGAUAUUUUCGGCUGAUCCAUGGACCGAUCUUACACAGCUACAGCAAGUUACAAUGUCCAUCAGUCCAUGUACUGGACUGGC